AUGAAGAAGGAAGAGGCAUGGAUCAACACCAUCACCCACGCAGUCACCUAUCUCAUGCGCGGGAACACUGAUGUCACCAGUCUACUGUCAGGCACUGCCAUCAAGUCUGUCAUAGCUUAUGUUGCUGAUUACAUAACUAAAACCCCACUGAAAACCCAUGUGAUGUUCCAGUCUAUUCAGCAGGUGUUUGAGCGCAAUGUGGAGCUGUUAGGCAGUCAGAAGUCUACCAAAGAGAGGGCCCGGUCCCUGAUCACCAAGAUAGUAAACUCACUCACUGCAUGCUCUGAAAUUGGUGGACCCAUGGCAGCCAUGUAUUUGCUCAAGCAUCCAGACCACUACAAAAGUCACAAAUUCCGCACCUGCUUCUGGAGAGGAUAUGUGUAUGAGGUGAUGCGUGCAUGGGAGGACUCUGCCAAGAUUGCCAAGGAAGGGACCACCAAAGUCAUGCUUGGACUUUCAGGAACAUCCAAGCGGAUCAUAGCAUUGUCACCUGUGCAGGACUAUAUAUGGCGGCCCACUGAGUACGAGCACAUGUCACUAUAUGAUUGGGUCAGACUGGCAGACAAGCAGCGGAUCAAGCACAGUAAAAAGGGCCCCAAGAAAUCUGAAGAGCAUAUUGAUGAGCCAGCAGACGUGGACUCGGAGUUUGAGGACAACUAUGAUGUCAGUGAUGCAGAAUUGAAGGGUGCUGGAGUCAAUGAAGAGGAAGAAGAAUCUGAGGAUGAACUCUUGCUCACAAAGACAUCAAACCAGGAGCUUGAAGCUGAUAGCGCACCUAAGCCCAAGAAAGCUAGGUCAAAAUAUGUACAGUUCCAUGAGAAUCAUCCACAGUAUGAGACCCAUCAUGUGAAGCUGCUGGAUGAGUCAGAGGCAUAUGUUCCCAACUUCAUUGGCGGCUCACUUCCCAGGAGGGAUGCAGGCAACCGUGAACAGUAUUGA